GCUACAAAGUACUGUAGGUACUUCGUCCUGGAAUGUAGAAAAGCUUGAUCACCCCUCCCUGUGUUGUGUGACAACAAUCUAGCCACGCCUUAAACACAAACCCUUGAUAAGACAGUCACAGAUAAGUCACAGUCAGACAGGCAUCACAGAGAGGUGAAAUGGCGCAGAGGAGAGUUCAGCUGCAGCAGGAAAAAAUUUCUUGUUCGAUCUGUCGGGAUCCACUGAAGGAUCCGGUGACUAUUCCCUGUGGACACAACUACUGCAUGAACUGUAUUAACCGCCAUUGGGAUGAGGAGGAUCGUAAGUACAGCUACAGCUGUCCUCAGUGCAGGAAGACAUUCACACCGAGGCCUGUCCUGGUAAAAAACACCAUGUUAGCAGAUUUAGUGGAGGAACUGAAGAAGACUGGACUCCAAGCUGCUCCUGCUGAUCACUGCUAUGCUGGACCUGAAGAUGUGGCCUGUGAUGUCUGCACUGGGAGGAAACUGAAAGCACUCAAGUCCUGUCUGCAAUGUCUGGCUGCUUUCUGUGAUCAACACCUUCAGCUUCAUUAUGACGCAGCUCCGUUAAAGAAACACAAGCUGGUGGAGCCCUCUAAGAAUCUCCAGGAGAACAUCUGCUCUCUGGACAAACAUAAAGGCCAGGACACAGUCUCAGCUGCACCUAAAAUGGCUGUGAGGCAGAGACAGCUCCAGGGGAGACAACAAAACAUCCAGCAGAGAAUCCAGGACAGAGAGACACCACCAGAGCCCAAGACCAGAGCUGAAUUCUUAAAAUAUUCACGUGAAAUCACUCUGGAUCCAAACACGGCAAACAAAUAUCUGUUAUUAUCUGAGGGGAACAGAAAAGCAAAAGUAACGGUUGAACAACAGCCUUAUUCUAGUCACCCAGACAGAUUCACUGAUCUGUGGCAGGUCCUGAGUAGAGAGAGUCUGACUGGACAUUGUUACUGGGAGGUGUAGACGAGAAGGAGAGAAGUUAAUCUAGCAGUCGCGUACAAGAAUAUCAGCAGAGCAGGGAGGUCAAGUGAAUGUGUCUUCGGGGGAAAUGAUAAAUCUUGGGCGUUAUAUUACGGCAACAUGAGUUAUUACUUUUUGUACAACAAUGUCCAAACUCCCGUCUCAUGUCCUUUGUCCUCCAGAAUAGGAGUGUACCUGGAUCACAGUGCAGGUCUUCUGUCCUUCUACAGCGUCUCUGAAACCAUGACUC